AACCCCCAGAACUGAGUCUCUACUUCAGUCAAUCCUCUUUGGAUAGACCGGCGAGGGACAGUUCUCGUUAUUUUCAUCCAGGAUAACCCUUCAAUCGAAAAUUAUUUAGUAGGACUUGUUUCUGACAUUCGUAUGAACGUUAUUUUGGGUUUAGUGAACGCUGCUGAUGGAUGAAGCACAGAUCUGUUCGAGUAUUCUCGAGGCGUACGGCUGUCAAGUGCCCGAUAAUAAACAAAUUGUUGAACUAUUCCGAACAAGACAGGAAUUCUAUUCCGAUUGCAGUGAUGUUUCAACUGACGAAGAGCAACACUCAUCAUUGUUGAUAAAUAAUUACAAAAACCAGUUUAGCUCAUAUAAAUCAAAAUCCACGGAGGAAACGCAUUUACUUAAUUAUGAAAAAUUUGCGAGAGCGGUAUUUCCCAAGAAUGUCCUAAUGAGAUGUAUCCUGGAAAAAAUCAUGAAGAAUAUAAACACUGGAUCAACAAACACUUCGACAGCUUCAACGAUAUCGGACGAAUUUGUCGAGAUGCCAGACGAUCUUGACGUAUUAAUGCGUCCAGGAAUGAUCGGGAAAGGAAUAAUCGAAAAUAGACCGAGUGAUGAUGGUUAUCGGUUUUUCCAUCAUGGGGUUAAACAAACGAUAACUCCUAGACGAUAUAUAAUGGACAAUAUCCACGACGAGGAAUUUAUAUUUAAAAAGCGACGAUAAGUCCGCAUCUUAAUGAUUCGUACAAAGGAAUGCUCGUGCCUAAAAAGUGACUUUCCACAUUGCGCACAUUGCGAAAAAAAAUAUUGUUCGCAGCUCGUGCAUAAUGUUGUUUCCGGCAUGUGGGAUUAUACCACUCGCCUUCAAGUCAUGUUAUAAACCUCUCACACGUCAAAAAUCUCUUUUCCGCACUUGUUACGAAAUAUACUAUUACUCCCCCGGUGGCCCCAAUCCUAAAAUCGAAGGAAAAUGUUAUGUUGACUUCAGUACAAUAGUAAAGUGAAUUGGAACAUUCUGAUCAGAGGAUAGAAUAAAAAUUGUUACCAGUA